AUGUAUCUUACGGUGUACGGCAGCUACGGUGAGUGCUGCGACGUUGAGUUCGAGUCGGAGCGGCUCGCGCUGCUGGACCGCGGCUUCGUGUGGGCGGCGGCGGCGGUGCGCGGCGGCGGUGAGUGUGGCAUCCCGUGGCGCGACGCGGGUCGCAAGUUGCAACGCGCCACCGCCGUCAACGACUUCUUGAGCGUGUCGCGGUACCUGCAGGACACCGGUUGGUGCGCGGCGGGUCGACUCGUCACGAGCGGCGCCUCCGCUGGCGGCUUUGUUGUUGCGGCGGCGAUGAACGUGGCCCCGUCUCUCACGCGCGCCGUCGUCGCGUCCGUGCCGUUCGUGGAUUGCCUGACAACGCUGCUGGACCCCACCCUCCCGCUCACCGUGUGUGAUUGGGAGGAGUUCGGCAACCCGCUCGAGGACGCUGAGGCGUACCGCCUUCUUCGGGCCGUGUCGCCGAUGGAUAAUAUUCCCCCCGCCGGUGUUGCGCUGCCGCACGUGUUGCUACAGACGGCGUGGCAGGACACCCGCGUGGGGUUCUGGGAGUCGUUCGCCUUCGCCGCGCGGCUGCGCGAGCGCGAGGACGCGGUUGCGACGGGGAGGAUUCUGCUGCACCACUGCGAGUUCGGCGCCGGACACGGUGGGGCGUCUGGGCGGUAUGAGCGGCUGAAGGAAAUUGCGCGCGAGUACGCCUUCGCGGUGCUCGUGCAGCGUGCCGCGCCGCACGAUGUGCCGACAGUUGCAGCCGAAAAUGCGAAGGCGGCAGACGGUUCUUUGUGA